AGCUUUUGCAUCCAACCUUGACAACCACUGAAACGCUGAACCAGGCCAGAUACGCCUUUUCCCAGACGUCAUUUUUCUUUAGUCCUGCAUUUCAAUCCUUCCACAUUUUCGCUCAUCGUAUUGACGAAUAGACAGAAAACUUUUGUAGUUGACCACCACCAACAAACGCGCAACAUGGCGAGCAGUGUUGACGCGAAGCUCUUGAGAGCGACAAAAUUUCCUCCCGAGUUCAACCAGAAGGUCGACAUGCAAAAAGUCAACCUUCAAGUCAUGAAGAAAUGGAUUGCGGGCAAGAUCUCUGAAAUAUUAGGAUCCGAAGAUGAUGUAGUCACCGAGCUCUGUUUUAACCUGAUCGAGGGACCCCGAUACCCCGACAUCAAGGCUAUGCAGAUCCAUCUCACCGGCUUCCUCGAUAAAGACACCGCACAAUUCUGCAAGGAUUUAUGGAAUCUUUGCUUGAGCGCUCAGUCUAGCCCCCAGGGCGUGCCUAAGGAGCUACUAGAAGCGAAGAAGUUGGAACUUAUUCAAGAGAAGAUUGAUGCAGAUAAAGCCGCCGAAGAGGCACGAAUUCGACGAGAAAACCAAGAGCGCCGCGAGCGCGAACUAUCAGACAUCCGAGAUCGGGAACGCCGGGAACGUAGCUUCCGCGGUGGACGCGGCGACAACUGGCGUGGCGGUGGGAGACGUGGUGGUGAUCGAGCUUUUGGAGGCCGAGGUAGAGGAUUCGGUCGGGGCGGCGAUCGAUCUAUUUCCCCCCCCAGACGAGAACGAGACUCAUACCAUAACAACCGUGAUCGCGACCGUGACCGCGACCGCUAUGUGCCUCAAAGCCGACGUGGGAGUCGACAGGAAUUUCGACGCGGCCGUUCUUCGUCCCGCUCCGCGAGUCCCGAGUCGAGAGGUUCUACGUCUCGUUCUCGGUCGCGUAGUACAGCUAGCAACCGCAGCCGGCGAUCACCUACUCCACCACGCCGUCGCUCUAGAGGCCGUCGGUCGCCACCUCGAUACAGGAACCUAGCAAAACGAGAGCGAUCACCCGUGCGAGCAAGAGACUACAGAAGUCAUCGAGACGAUCGCAGAAAUACCUCUUCCCCAGAAAAUGGAAAUAGAUCCGAGAGUAGUAGAUCUCGCUCUCCAGCGCCCAAAAGGCGUAGGUACUCAGACUCGCCUAGCCGGUCAAGGUCUCCCCGCCGAGACAUCCGACGGCUAAGCCGUUCCCCAUCGUCUUCUCCUUCACGAUCACGCAGCCGUAGUCCUAGACGAAGACCGGUCCGCGAACUUAUCAGUCGCAGCCCUUCGCCUAAUCGCCGGGGAAGACUAAGGCGGUCCCCAACCCGAAGCCCAACACCGGCCGAAUCAUCGGAGGAAACAAGGCGGCCACGACAAAGAAGUCGGCGAAGACGCAGAGAGGAUAGCAAAUCUAGAGACGUCCCUUCGAGAAAGCGGAGAUACUCUGCUGAUCCCCCUCGCAACCGUGACAGAUCAGCUGAUAUUUCGGAAGAUGAAAAUAGACCCCAAUCCCCAAGACAACGCGCGGCCUCGAAGGUCGAUGAGGUUGGUUCCUCUUCUUAGGGCCUUAGGGCGUUCGUCUCACCAUAUGAUUGUUCAGACUGAGAACUGACUCUCAUUCUUCAUCAGACCAAGACUCCGCAGCAGCAAGCCAAUGAGCUACGAGAAAAGCUUCUGAAGGAGCGAAUAAAGAAGAUGAGAAGCACCUCAAGUAGAGAUAACAUCAAGGGGCGAGGCUAAUCUUCCUAGACUCCCAGGACUUGCAGAACCAGGCCAUCCAAGGAGGCAUGACUAGGCUAAUUGGUGUCCAAUUUGACUAUAUUUUGGUAAAGGUUUCGAGGUCAGUAACACAAAACAUGCGUUGUGCUUUCACUCAUGAGUGUAUGGCAAAUAGCAGAUAGAUGAUGAGACAAUAGACUUGCUACUACGUAAAUCUCGGCUUGGGACUAGUGCAUGUCAUCAUCUUCGCGAUUCAGUAGGGUAUUAUAUAGAUAUAUUUACCUAGUUAUUGGUUUUGUUAUGGUAUGUUCAAUGUCUGUAAUUGCUGAUACUAUAGCCAUAUUGUGAUGCUUCCGGCAAUAUUUAUCAGCGCCGGGUGAAGUUGGGUUGGUAGAUAUGACCAAUGUUUAUUACCUGUAGGUACUCUACACUUGUAAUUAGAAACCCUACCUAUGCAAAAGCAUAUCAGGUAGUAUCAACUAGAGUAAAGAAUGUGGACCUCAAGAUCUAGUUCUUAUUUCGAUGUUGC